AUGGACCAGCACACCUUUAUGCUGUCUGAGGCAGGACAAAGAUGUGAAAAAAGUUGGCCAGCACUGUAACAAAAAAGGUUGAGCUAUGAGCCAUGUCAUUGGCUAAGAAGAGUCUGACAGGAAAAUGCAAUGGCUCUUGAGGUCAGGGCAGAGUCUGCUAUAAAUGUAUUCCAACAGACAACACCUUUACUGACUCUACAAGAGUGCUUGCAUGGUGAGCUGUCAUUGCUCACCUCUACAGGGGAAAUAUGAGCGCUUCUGUGGCCGUGUACAGGGAUAUUUAUACAGAGGACCGCUUCAAACAGGCCUAUGGUUCUGAUGUUAACUCAAGUGGAAGUUUACGACUCCGGGAAAAACUUGCCGGGAGUUGCAGGUGUUCAAGGCGGGCCUGCCUUCACCUGUUGAGGAAGAGAGUGCCUAUUUUCAGUUGGCUGCCAAGAUACAGACUAAAGAAAUGGAUUUUAGGAGACACUAUAGCAGGACUGACUGUUGGUAUUCUUCACAUUCCCCAAGGCAUGGCCUUCGCCUUACUCACAUCUGUCGCACCAAUAUUUGGCCUUUACACCUCCUUCUUCCCAGUGGUCCUCUAUAUGAUUUUUGGCACAGGUCGUCAUGUGUCCACAGGUACCUUUGCUGUGGUGAGUCUGAUGACUGGCUCUGUGGUGGAGCAGCUGGUUCCCACUCCUCUGGAGAUGAACUCAACUUCAUCUGAAGCAGCCGACUUUGAGGCCCAGAGGAUUGGCGUUGCCUCAGCUGUGGCACUCCUCUCAGGAAUUAUCAUGCUCUGUAUGUUUGGUCUUCAGCUGGGCUUCCUCUCCACUUAUCUGUCUGAGCCAAUUGUUAAGGCUUUCACCAGUGCUGCUGCCUUCCAUGUUACCGUGUCACAGCUACAAAGCAUGCUGGGGCUGCGGCUCCCUCGCUACACUGGGACCUUCUCCCUCUUCAAAACUUUAGCGUCAGUGAUGGAGAACCUGCCUCACACCAACAUGGCUGAGCUGCUGAUCUCCGUGGUGUGCUUGGCUGUCCUGGUGCCAGUUAAGGAGAUAAAUAUGCGUUACCGGCAGCGCCUGCGUACGCCUAUCCCUGUGGAGAUCCUCACGGUAAUUAUUGCUACAGGUGUGGCCUACGCCUCAUCGCUGGACUCUACUUACAACAUUGAGAUAGUUGGCCACAUCCCAGCAGGAUUCCCAAAGCCACAGAUGCCUGCCUUGCACACCUUCCCUGACAUUGCCGGAGACACAGUAGCCAUAACAUUUGUUGGUUACGCUGUGUCUGUCUCACUGGCGAUGAUCUACGCUGACAAACAUGGAUAUUCCAUACAUCCCAACCAGGAGCUCCUGGCCCAUGGUAUCUCCAACACUGUGUCUUCAUUUUUCACCUGCUUCCCCAGCUCAGCCACUCUUGCCACCACUAAUAUACUUGAGAGUGCCGGAGGACACACACAGCUCUCCGGCUUGUUCACUAGCCUGGUUGUUCUGAUUGUCCUGCUGCUGAUUGGACCGCUCUUCUACUUUCUACCAAAGGCAGUCUUGGCAUGCAUUAACGUCACCAGCCUCCGGCAGAUGUUCCUGCAGUUCCAGGGUUUACCUGAGCUGUGGAGAAUCAGCAAGAUUGACUUUAUGGUUUGGGUGGUGACCUGGCUCUCUGUAGUCAUACUCAAUGUGGAUCUUGGCCUAGCUAUCGGAGUGGUUUUCUCAAUGAUGACCGUCAUCUGCCGCACACAAAGGGCUGGUUGUUCUGUGCUUGGUCGGGCCAGCAACACGGAAAUUUACAGACCUCUGGAGAACCACAGCAAGUGCUAUGAGGUACCUGGAGUGAAGAUCUUGACUUACAACGGGCCUAUUUACUACGGCAACCGCAGCUUCUUCAGGGAGGAGAUGAACAGGCUGCUGGGCCUGACGCCAGAGAAGAUCCGCAGCCGGGAGAAAACUAGGAAAGCCCUGGAGAAAAGGGAGAGAGAGACUAACGUCAACACUGUGGAAAGAGGGAUUGCAAACACAUCGUUUUCCUCAGAAAAUGAGUUCUUUAAAUCUGAAGCAUCUGAGAGCGAUGUUCAGUCCGUGUUAAUUGAUUGCAGCAGUGUGACGUUUGUUGAUGUUGCUGGAGCAAGACUCUUUAUACAGAUGUGUACUGAAUGCCAGAAAGCUGGAGUUCAUGUAUAUUUGGCAAACUGCAAUGAGAGCGUCUUAAAGAUCCUCACAUCAAGUGGUUUAAUGACCUACAUGAACCCUCAGCAUAUUUUCGUCACAAUUCAUGAUGCAGUGAUGUACAUUCAACAGCAGAAGGAAAAACCUCCAGAGAACACCACAACUGUUUGGGUAUGAGCCAGGAGGAUAUUGAUGAGUCAUGCUCACAUCAACCGAGUGUCUCGGACUACAGCGGCAGAGGGCAGUGGGACUUACACAUUUUGUUUUAAAAGUAGAGACUAUGUCUCUCAGCUGUAUGGCAGUGCUCCAGCGUUAAGUCUAGACUUCACUAUAUACCAGUGUUUUGAAGACGCAGUAGCCUGUUGUAGCACAAUGUCCUGAAUUACUAUUCUUAUUUAAUUAUUCAUUUACAGUGUUACCAGUUUUCUCACUGAUAUCGGACUCACCCAUGGCACACUUUAAUGCGAUAUUAAUAAAUGGUCAUAACAUCAGAGGGCUUUAAAUCAGGAAGAUGCCACAGACAAUCUCCUGAUUUUUAGUGUACAACAAUAAAAAUACAUAAUUUUUGACUUUAAAACUGUUUAUGAUGGAUGUUAAUUUUUUUGUCUUUUAUUGUCUCAUAUGCUGGUCAAUUAGCACAGUGAUAUUUAUUUAGUUUCUGUUCGUUGUUUGCAAUACAGACAAUUAUAAAGUGCACUGAAUAGUUUGUUAAAAUACAAUGUGUAUUUAUAUGUUUUGAAAUAUGUGCUCCAAUAUGCAACUAUGUACAGUAAAUGCCACCCCAUACUGUCUCAAAAUGUCUUGUCUUUUAACUCCAUAGAGACUGCACUGUAUUGUAUGAAUGACUUUUGUAUUUGUCAGUCACUGUUUCAUCCAGUGGCUGUUUUUGACAAUAAAUAUAUCUCCAAAA